GGCACCUCAUGUCUACUGUGUUUUGUAUCCACCCAAACCCCUAACACCGCUUAUCUUCAAAACCCCCUUUCCCUCAUGCCCAUGAAUUAAUGUUCACAAUUUCAUUGCCUCUUUGUGCAAGUCCAUCACGCUUGUAAGCUUUCUGAUCCUAAGAAAAAUGGAGCAAGGACCCUUACUCGCAGUUCUUGUCUCCUCCCAGGCAUUAGCCUCUCUUGCAUUUCAAUCCUGCAUCUGCUCUUUUGCUGGACAAGAGAGAACUCCAGACCCAGAGUCUACAACACCUUCCUGCUCAGGAUCUUGGCUGAGGAUGUGAUACCUGCUACCUUGGGCCUAUGAAAAGAGAAGAUCAAGGAUGAAAAUCCAAUGAAUUGAGGAUGGUAGAAAAAAAGGGAAAGCAUCAGGCCUGAUCUCCAACAAGAACCUUCAAUCAAACACUAUGCUUCUGGUUAACCCCAGGACAUUGCUGUUCUACAGGAUGAAGCUUACGUCUUACUUCCUUCUCAUUCUCAUCCUCCUUCUCCAGCUGAUGAUCCCAAGGUAUGCUCAGUGUUCCUUGGACUCCAUCGUGGACACAAAGAUAAAGGAAACGUUAAAAAAAAUUUAAAAAAAAAAUCCUGCCCCAGCAAAGUAGAUUUCAUGUACCAGUAUCUUUAGCUCAGGCAAACUGUCUUCCUGCCCUGCAGGAAUGGUUGUCACCAGCUGUGCUUGUGGCUAUGGCUGUGGUUCCUGGGAUAUCCAGGGAGAAACCACAUGCCACUGCCAGUGCAGCACUAUAGACUGGACCACUUCCCACUGCUGCCACCUGACCUGAGGGCGAGGAGGAUGAC